AUGUAUUCAAUUUCCAAAAAUCAAUUUAGAUUUGCCCUCAUUUUGGGUACAGUUGCCUGUGCUAUCCUUAUUCUUCGAGUAAAUGCUGAUAUUGAAUCAUCUAUUGACUUGAAUACUGAAACAUUUAUGGAUGAUGGUGAUAUUCAGGUAGAUUCAGUUAAUGGUACACGCGUUAAACGUCAAUUUGGAUGUCCAGCUAACUGUUAUUCAUCAUGCCAAUCAACAUAUCAAUGUAAGGUUUACUCUCCAACAACACAAUGUGUUCGUGGAUGUUGUUGUCCAAGUACAGUUGAUCUUGAUACUGCUUGUGAUGGUGGUGUUGCUGUUGCUGCUUGUAUUAAUAAACUUUGUGGACAAGGAUAUUUCUGUUCAUCUAAAAAUUAUUGCUGUAGAUGUUCUGCUGGAAAAGAAGCUGGUCCAUGUCUUUUCAAUUCUACUGAAAAAUAUUGUCCAGCUGGUUAUGCUUGUAAUACUAACAAUUAUUGUUGUCCACUUGGUUCAGGAUCAGCUCUUACAGCUUGUUCAGGAAAUGGUGUAUGCCCAUCAGGAUACAUAUGUGGAGCUGGUAACCUUUGCUAUCCAGUUAGUGGUGGUAAAUAA